UUCAAGCCUGCCUCUUCGUGGUUCUUAUCCAUCUUUGAUUUUCUUUCCAGAAUACAGCGCUCUCUUCUCUCUCUUCACUAUAAUGGAAAUUAAAUCAAUCUGUCUAUGUUUUCUCUCUAUAAUCAUUCAUACAAAUACGAACCUUCCCCUCUUUCUUUAUCUCCAUUAUCAACCAGCCUAAAACCAGCGUUCUUGGCUUCUCUUUUUUAGCUUUCUUGAAUUGUUUCUUUGGUUUCUUGAUUCGAAAAGAACAUGAUUACACAGUCCUGUAAAGACAGCUUGGAUAUGAUUUCGGUUAAUGAUUUUCGUGGACUGGAACGGAUCCCUGCUGUAAUGAAUGAACUUGGAUAUGAGGUUGGCGAUGAACAUGGUCAAGGUCCUGUUGUGUCCAAACAACGAAGGAUCAUUGUGGCAAAUCAGCUGCCAAUAAGAGGGUACCGGAAUGAAGGAACAAAAGGUUGGUUUUUUGAAUUUGACAAGGAUAGUCUUGUUUUGCAGUUAAAAGACGGGUUUCCUGCUAAUACAGAAGUUUGGUACGUGGGGAUGUUAAAGGUUGAUGUUGAAAAGGAAGAUCAAGAAGAGGUUGCACAAUUGAUGUUUCAUAAGUUUAGAUGCGUCCCUGUUUUCUUGACUGUUGAUCAAAAGAACAAGUAUUAUCAUGGAUUUUGUAAGCACUAUUUAUGGCCUUUGUUUCAUUAUAUGUUGCCUUUGUCGCCUAGUCAUGGCGGUGUACGUUUUGAUAAGUCGCUUUGGGAGGGUUAUAUAGUAGCUAAUCAAUUGUUUGCAAACAAAGUAGCUGAGAUUCUUUGGCCUGAUAAGGAUUCUGUUUGGGUGCAUGACUAUCAUCUUAUGGUGUUGCCUAGUAUCUUGAGGAAUAGGUACACUAGAGUUAAACUUGGCUUCUUUUUGCAUAGUCCAUUCCCAUCAUCUGAGAUAUAUAGGACUAUACCUGUUAGGGAGCAGAUUUUGAGGUCUCUUUUGAACUGUGAUCUUAUUGGGUUUCAUACUUUUGAUUAUGCUAGGCAUUUCUUGUCUUGUUGUAGUAGGUUGCUGGGCAUUGAUUAUCAGUGCAAAAGGGGUUACAUUGGUCUUGAUUACUGUGGUAAGACUAUCAAUAUUAAGAUCUUGCCUGUGGGAAUUCAUAUGGGACAGCUUGAGUCGGAUCUGAAUAUGGAGCAGACUGCUACUUUGGCCAAACAAUUGAAGGAGAAAUUUGAAGGGAAAGUUGUGAUGGUUGGUGUGGAUGAUCUGGAUAUGUUUAAAGGUAUUAGCUUGAAGUUUUCAGCGAUGGGGAGACUUUUGGAAAUGCAUCCGGAAUUGAUAGGGAGCGUGGUAUUAGUCCAGAUUGCUAAUCCGGCCAGAAGUCGGGGUAAGGAUGUGCAAGAAGUCAGAUUUGAGACCAGUGUCAUUGCUCAACAGAUCAAUAAUAAAUACGGUAAGGAAGGUUAUGAGCCAAUUGUUUUUAUUAAUGAUCCAUUAAGCGCUCUAGAGAAAGCAGCGUACUAUGCGAUAUCUGAAUGUUGUGUGGUUAAUGCUGUUAGGGAUGGGAUGAAUUUGGUUUCAUAUAAGUACACUGUUUGUAGGCAGGGCAGCCCUGUUUUAGACAAAGCAUUGGGGAUUAAUGAAUCGGAUCAAAGGAAAAGUUUCCUAAUUGUGUCAGAAUUCAUUGGAUGCUCACCGUCCCUCAGCGGGGCAUAUCGUGUCAAUCCUUGGGACGUAAAUGCUGUGGCUGAUGCCAUGUAUGUGGGUAUCCACAUGAAGGAUGAAGAGAAACAUUUGCGCCACGAGAAGCACUAUAAUUAUAUUAGCUCUCACGACGUUGCUUUUUGGGCGAGGAGUUUUGAUCAGGACCUUGAUAGAGCUUGCAAAGAGCAUCAUCUCAAGAGGUAUUACAAUGUCGGAUUUGGUUUGAAUUUCAGAGCUGCUGCUGUGGGAAAAAACUUUAGAAUGCUCACGGUCGAAACAGUUGUUGCUGCCUAUAACAAUACAAACAGCCGGUUAAUCCUUUUAGACUAUGAUGGAACUAUGAAGCCAAAGUCUGCUGUUGACAAAACACCCAGAAAUGAAGUUAUUUCAAUCCUGAAUUGCUUAUGCAGCGAUCCCAAGAACAUUGUUUUCAUUGUGAGCGGCAGAGGGAGGGAUCCUCUAAGCAAAUGGUUCUCUCCAUGUGAGAAAUUGGGUAUUUCAGCUGAGCAUGGUUACUUUACUAGGUGGACAAGGGAUUCUCAAUGGGAGACUUGCUCAGUCGCAAUGGAUUGUGAUUGGAAAAAGACUGUAGAACCUGUCAUGGAGGUGUACACAGCGACAACUGAUGGGUCUUUCAUAGAGCACAAAGAAAGUGCACUAGUUUGGCACUAUCAAGACGCGGACCCUGAUUUCGGUGGCUGCCAGGCUAAAGAGCUUCUUGAUCACUUGGAGAGUGUCCUUGCUAACGAGCCUGUGGUUGUUAAAAGGGGCCGACAGAUUGUUGAGGUGAAACCGCAGGGAGUAAGCAAAGGUGUAGUUGUUGAAGACCUUAUUUCAAGCAUGCGAAGUAAGGGCAAGUCACCGGAUUUCCUAUUCUGCAUCGGUGAUGACAAGUCAGAUGAGGAUAUGUUCGAGAGCAUUGCAAGACUUUUUGACAAUCCAUCAUUGCCACCCAUUGCAGAAGUGUUUGCCUGCACUGUCGGUCAUAAGCCAAGCAAGGCAAAAUACUAUCUCGAUGAUACGCCUGAUGUCAUCGAGUUGCUUCAAGGCCUUGCUACGGCAUCAGUAGGACCAAAGGUUACACAUACUCUGGAAGAAGAUAUCUAAAAUGACCAUAGGGAAACAGAAAACUAGGAAAACAUGGGCCAUGAGUUUGGAGCUUUGGGUUUUACUCCAUUUAUCUCAUCCAUGUUAGGAGGGAAGGUGCUGAUUUAGGGCUAAUCAAAUGAUACAUCAGGACAUGUAUAGCAUAUAACUUACUUUUACAACCACAGGUUCAUCUUAUAAUUCAGUUCUUAAAAUUUACAAAGAUGACAGAUUCAUGUUUUUUCCUUAA